UAGCCUUUUAGCCUACAGGUAAUGCAGGGAUAACACGUACUAACAACCAAACAGCGAGUAAGCUCGUGUACAGUACACACAGCUCCCUGUUUUCGGAUUUAUAUACAGGACUAUAGACUGACUCUGGAUGACGUGAAGCAUCUAAACAUCACAAUGAAUCAGUCUCAGAUACUACUAGAAGAGAAUCUUUCUAUGGCUGACAAUGAAGAGCCCAAACCUACAGCACCACUGGAUAUUGGUAAAUUAAUGAUCAAAGUGGACUGGACUGAAGCAUUUCCGGACAGAUGGAGAGCAAGAUUACAGAUCGCCCUUCAGACAUGGUUGUCAAAACUAGAAGAGAAUGCAACUGUCCACAGUAUAAAGCUCAUGAAUGAUCCAUCAUUUGCUGAAGUGCAGAUAACUUCAUCAACAGCUCUAGAAGCCUUAAAAAAGCUGAAGUUUAUACCGUUGAGGUUUAAAAAUGAAAAUAAAGAAGUGACUGCAUGGAUUUGUCAGGAUGGAGCAGAUCAUGUGAAUAUACCACAAAAGUCCUUGCAGGAGGAGAACAAGACUCCAUCACCAGAGGUGAUUACCUCUAUACCUCAGACAUCUGCAGCAAGUAAUGAGGAAAGUGCAGCAUCUAAUAUUGCUCUAAAUGAAACUAAUAAUAUCAAAACCACUGAAACGACCCCUGAGAGAUCAGAUGGACUCAUUGUACCCCUAUAUGAGUUCUGGUACAUGCAUCAUGCCUACAGAAAGGAGCUGGAGCAAUUUGAGAAACAACAUGGAGUGUCUAUUUGUGCAGAAGUGUCGGUCUCAAUUAAACAUACCCAAAGCUCGAGCCCUGAUUCUGUGUCUAAAACCUUGGAGGACUUUCAGAAACUUGUUCAGGGAUGUGUUGGUGGUUUUAGUCAGGCCGUCAUUAGUCAUGACAUGGAUUCAGAUAUGGUGAAGGAAACUCUGCGUACUGUCCAAUCAGAGGAGGAAAAGAUGAUGUUCACCAUGACUGCUAGAGACUGCCUGCUGUUUGGACCGAAGAAAUACACAGAUAUGAUUAAAAAAGAAACAACAAAGGUGGAACGACAGUUCAAGGACAAGCUUAUGAAGAAUGUGUUCGAUGAUAAGAAGACAAGACAGGAGAAACUGAUUCCUGAUUAUGGAGCAGGGGGAGGACCAGAUCUGGAUAAGCGAGUGAACUUUAGAGAGCGAAUAAAAACAGAAGCUGGUUUCAGUGAAGAUUCUAAAGGAAACUCUGGACAUGACAGUAAAGAUGCUGAUGCUGAAGAGGAGACGUGUGCUAUCUGCAUGGACAGCUUCACUGAUAAACAAAAACUGAAGUGUGGUCAUGAAUUCUGUCGAGAGUGUUUGAGGAUGUCAGUGGAGAGUUUGGGAUCCAUCUGUCCUGUGUGUAAAGAAGUGUUUGGAAAACUGGAGGGAAACCAACCAGACGGAACAAUGAGAGUAACAAUGAGCAGGAUGAGUCUCCCUGGAUAUCCACGCUGUGACACAAUUGAAAUCCUAUACAACAUACCCAGUGGUAUUCAAACGAAGAAGCAUCCAAACCCAGGGAAACCCUAUCAUGGGACAAGUCGUCAUGCGUACUUACCAGACAAUGAUGAAGGUAGAGAAGUUCUUGCUCUGCUGCAGAGAGCUUUUGAUCAGAAGCUGAUCUUUACAGUCGGGACCUCAACAACCACCGGUGUGCAGAACGCUGUUACCUGGAAGGAUAUUCAUCAUAAAACCAGUCCAUCUGGUGGACCUGAAUGUUAUGGUUAUCCAGAUCCCGUCUACCUGAAGAGAGUGAAAUAUGAGUUAAAGGCUAAAGGCAUUGAAAGCAAGAAAAGAACAAUGCAAAGCCCAAUACAGUACAAACUUCAGAAAGAACUGUUUGAUGACAAGAUGAAGAAGACUAGAGAAAUCAAUCUAAUGUCUGAUUAUGGAGCAGGAGCAGCGGGAGGACCAGAACAAAAUGAGCGAGUGAACUUUAGAGGGCAAAUAAAAACAGAAGCUGGUUUCAGUGAAGAUUCUAAAGGAAACUCUGGACAUGACAGUAAAGAUGCUGAUGCUGAAGAGGAGACGUGUGCUAUCUGCAUGGACAGCUUCACUGAUAAACAAAAACUGAAGUGUGGUCAUGAAUUUUGUCGAGAGUGUUUGAGGAUGUCAGUGGAGAGUUUGGGAUCCAUCUGUGCUGUGUGUAAAGAAGUGUUUGGAAAACUGGAGGGAAACCAACCAGACGGAACAAUGAGAGUAACAAUGAGCAGGAUGAGUCUCCCUGGAUAUCCACGCUGUGGCUCUAUUGAAAUCUACUACAACAUACCCAGUGGUACUCAAACGAGAGCUUUUGAUCAGAAGCUGAUCUUUACAGUCGGGACCUCAACAACCACCGGUGUGCAGAACGCUGUUACCUGGAAGGAUAUUCAUCAUAAAACCAGUCCAUCUGGUGGACCUGAAUGUUAUGGUUAUCCAGAUCCCGUCUACCUGAAGAGAGUGAAAUAUGAGUUAAAGGCUAAAGGCAUUGAAAGCAAGAAAAGAACAAUGCAAAGCCCAAUACAGUACAAACUUCAGAAAGAACUGUUUGAUGACAAGAUGAAGAAGACUAGAGAAAUCAAUCUAAUGUCUGAUUAUGGAGCAGGAGCAGCGGGAGGACCAGAUCUGGAUGAGCGAGUGAACUUUAGAGGGCAAAUAAAAACAGAAGCUGGUUUCAGUGAAGAUUCUAAAGGAAACUCUGGACAUGACAGUAAAGAUGCUGAUGCUGAAGAGGAGACGUGUGCUAUCUGCAUGGACAGCUUCACUGAUAAACAAAAACUGAAGUGUGGUCAUGAAUUCUGUCGAGAGUGUUUGAGGAUGUCAGUGGAGAGUUUGGGAUCCAUCUGUGCUGUGUGUAAAGAAGUGUUUGGAAAACUGGAGGGAAACCAACCAGACGGAACAAUGAGAGUAACAACGAGUUGGGCGAGUCUCCCUGGAUAUCCACGCUGUGGCUCUAUUGAAAUCUACUACGACAUACCCAGUGGUAUUCAAACGAAGAAGCAUCCAAACCCAGGGAAACCCUAUCAUGGGACAAGUCGUCGUGCGUACUUACCAGACAACAAUAAAGGAAGAGAAGUGCUUGCUCUGCUGCAGAGAGCUUUUGAUCAGAAGCUAAUCUUUACAGUCGGAACCUCAACAACCACCGGUGUGCAGAACGCUGUUACCUGGAAGGAUAUUCAUCAUAAAACCAGUCCAUUUGGUGGACCUCAAAGUUAUGGUUAUCCAGAUGCAGACUACCUGAAGAGAGUGAAAGAUGAGUUAAAGGCCAAAGGCAUUGAAUUAUAAUUUGAGUUAUCUGGAGAAAAACGUCUGUAAAAAAUAAACAUCAAAGACACUCUAUAAAUUUCCAAUGUUUCCAUUUUAGGGCAUAAAUAUGAUCUGAUUUGGCAGAUCUUGAAAUAAAGAUAAUUAAACCUGUGAUGAACAACAGCAUAUAGCACAAUCAGAAAUAAGCCAGGCAUUGCUAAUCAAUCACCUGAACUGGUGUGAUCCGUAUGUCGGUCUGCAGCUUCAGUUGUGUGUGAAUACACUCGUCACACAGCUAAAGCUGAGCCAGAACUGAGUCCUGAUCAAGACAAUGAUCCCAAACACAGCAGCAAAUCUACAACACAACAGAAGAAGAAGAAGAAGAAAGGGUCAGGCUGUUUAAUGAGUUGCAGAACUCAUCCUGACUGGAAUGCCGAAACUCCUUCACAAUGAUCUGAGAAAAUCAUUAUUUCCAAUAAAUAAUUAAA